AUGGCUGUAAAGGCUCUCCCACCCGCUUUCCGCAUCCCAACACGGACUUUUUAUUGUAUCACAGCACGCCAGUAUUCAUCCUCACGCACAGCUGAUGAGGCCCGGACCUCCCUGGCGACACAAUUCCCUACCUCCAAAACAGUCACACCUCGCUCAGAAAAACCACCCUCAAACGCCGCAGAUUAUGUCUUAACAUCCCUCGACCAAAUCGUAAACUGGGCCCGCCAAGGCUCCCUAUGGCCCCUCAGCUUCGGGCUCGCCUGCUGCGCAAUCGAAAUGAUGCAGACCUCCAUGCCCCGCUACGACCAAGACCGGCUGGGUAUAAUCUUCCGCGCCUCCCCGCGCCAAGCAGACGUAAUGAUCGUGGCUGGGACCGUGACGAACAAAAUGGCACCCGCGCUGCGGCAGUGCUAUGACCAAAUGCCUGAUCCGAAGUGGGUGAUUAGCAUGGGUAGCUGUGCGAAUGGGGGCGGGUACUAUCACUAUAGCUAUAGUGUGGUUCGGGGUGUUGAUAGGAUUGUUCCGGUCGAUGUUUAUGUGCCUGGGUGUCCGCCUACGCCGGAGGCGCUGCUGUAUGGGAUUUUUCAGUUGCAGAAGAAGAUGAGGCAUACUAAGACGACCCGGAUGUGGUUCCGGAGAUAG